CGCAUCCCCCCACCUCCCCCUCCGCCCCCAGGGUGUCCUGCGCGGCGAGGGGCCGCUGUGGGAGUCACGCAAGUUCAUGUCCUCCGGCUCGGGCUCGCCCGACCUCAGCCCCUCCCUGUGGUACCAGCUGGGCUGCGCCCACGCCCGCUGCGGCCACCCCUCCCAGGCGGUGUCCGCCUUCCAGCGCGCCGCCAGCCUCAUGCCGCACCACCCCGUCUUCCUGCACGAGCUGGCAAAGGCGUGCCAGGUGUCGGGCGACCAUGCGGCGGCGCUGAGCCACUUCAGCCGGGUGCUGCAGCUGCAGCCGCGUAAUGCCCGCGCGCUGCUGCGGCGGGGGCUGGCGCUGAAGGCGCUGCGGCGGUACGAGGAGGCGGCGGAGGACUUGUUGGCGGCCCGGAGGCUGGAGCCGCACAACCCGGCACUGAGGCUGGACCUGCGAGCGCUGGGCAAUGUCAAUUACGUGGAGCUGUGCGCACCCGGGGAGGAGGACGACGUCACCGUGGUCACCAAGUAUUAAGAAGUGGCUGCAUGUGUAUAGUGCAGUUGUGGUAUUUUUUGCAUUCAAGUGUGCGAUACGUGUGUUUGCGCGCGAGGUGCUUCUGGUGAUUGCUGCGAAUCAUAUCGCGCUUACAAAUGGCCAAGUUAGGCACACCCGUAUGUGCAGCACCACAGCCCCCAGGAAGGGCCCACGUAAGGAGUUAGGAACCCCCGGCAGAAGCCAUAAUUCAUUGUAUUCAUCUCUGUGUAAGCCCCGAAGAGUGAUAUCGUCUGUGUAAACU